CGGACCGCAGGCUGUGCUGUCUCCAGGGCACCAUGAACGCCAUCGUCGCCCUCUGCCACUUCUGUGAGCUCCACGGCCCCCGCACUCUCUUUUGCACGGAGGUUCUGCACGCCCCUCUUCCGAAGGGGGCUGGGGACAGCCCUGGCCAGGGGGAGCAGGCCGAGGAGGAGGAGGGUGGCAUCCAGAUGAGCAGUGGCAUCUGCACGCACAGCCCAGCGGAAGGGGCCAGCACGGAGUCCAGCAGCCCAGGACCCAAGAAGUCGGACAUGUGCGAGGGCUGCCGAUCACUUGCUGUGGGGCAUCCCGGGUACCUGAGCCACGAUAAAGAGACUUCGAUUAAAUAUGUCAGCCAUCAGCACCCCAGCCACCCCCAGCUCUUCAGCAUUGUCCGCCAGGCCUGCGUGCGCAGCCUGAGCUGUGAGGUCUGCCCUGGCCGCGAAGGCCCUAUCUUCUUCGGGGACGAGCAGCACGGGUUUGUGUUCAGCCACACCUUCUUCAUCAAAGACAGCCUGGCCCGCGGCUUCCAGCGCUGGUACAGCAUCAUCACCAUCAUGAUGGACCGCAUCUACCUCAUCAACUCCUGGCCCUUCCUGCUCGGGAAGAUCCGCGGGAUCAUCGAUGAGCUCCAGGGCAAGGCGCUCAAGGUGUUUGAGGCAGAGCAGUUCGGGUGCCCACAGCGCGCCCAGAGGAUGAACACAGCCUUCACCCCAUUCCUGCACCAGAGGAACGGCAACGCCGCCCGGUCGCUCACCUCCUUGACCAGCGAUGACAACCUCUGGGCGUGCCUGCACACCUCCUUCGCGUGGCUCCUGAAGGCGUGCGGCAGCCGGCUGACGGAGAAGCUCCUGGAGGGCGCGCCCACCGAGGACACCUUGGUCCAGAUGGAGAAGCUCGCGGAUUUAGAAGAGGAAUCAGAAAGCUGGGACAACUCGGAGGCUGAAGAGGAAAAAGCCUCUGUCUUGCCAGAGGGUGCGGAGGGCCGGGAGCUGACCAAGUGUCCCACAGCUUCCUCCUCGCUCUCAGACUGUGAGAGCUGGCAGCCCCGAAAGCUGUCCGUCUUUCAGUCCCUUCGGCACAUGAGACAGGUCCUGGGUGCCUCGUCUUUUCGCAUGUUGGCCUGGCACGUUCUCAUGGGGAACCAGGUGAUCUGGAAAAGCAGGGACACAGACCUUGUCCUGUCAGCGUUUGAAGUUCUCCGGACCAUGCUGCCCGUGGGCUGUGUGCGCGUCAUCCCUUACAGCAGCCAGUACGAGGAGGCCUACCGCUGCAACUUCCUGGGGCUCAGCCCCCACGUGCAGAUCCCCACCCACGUGCUCUCCUCAGAAUUUGCUGUCGUAGUGGAGGUCCACACAGCCGCUCCCUCCAGCCUCCCCCCGGCUGGGUGUGAGGACGACCAGUCUCUGAGCAAGUACGAGUUCGUGGUGACCAGUGGGAGUGCUGUGGCUGCAGACCGAGUGGGCCCGACCAUUCUGAAUAAGAUGGAAGCUGCUCUAACCAACCAGAAUCUGUCUGUGGACGUGGUUGACCAGUGCCUCAUCUGCCUCAAAGAAGAAUGGAUGAACAAAGUGAAGGUCCUUUUCAAAUUCACCAAGGUGGACAGUCGGCCCAAAGAGGACACGCAGAAGCUCCUGAGUAUCCUCGGAGCAUCUGAGGAGGACAACGUCAAACUGCUCAAGUUCUGGAUGACAGGCCUGAGCAAAACCUACAAGUCCCACCUCAUGUCCACGGUCCGGAGCCCCCCGACCACAGAGCCUCGUAAUUGACCCACCAUGGAAGUCAGUGCCUUCUGGGAAGUGGUGAUGGCCAUCCUUGCCAUUGCACUCAGAGAUUGGGUGUCUGGUGGCCAUCCUAGGCUGUCCCAUCCUGCACUGCUGGCACGGAGCUGUGUCCGAGCAGGGCAUGCAAACUGUUGGGGCUGAACUAUGCCUGUGUGUGGGAUUUGGGUGUGGUGAGUUCUUGGGAUCAUCCCACCGGCUGUUUCCAUUGCUCCAGCCUGAAGAGGACCGUGGGAGACUUGUGACAAGGACAGGCCCCUGCACCGGUGCACCCUGUGAGAGAAGACGAAGGAAACUGUGUCUCCUGUCGCUCGUGGACUUAGAUCUCAACUUUUAUAGGGAAGACACGUCAGGCCAGUCCUGACCUGGGUAUUUUCGCCACAAUAUCAUACUUUCUCUUGAGGUUAACAUUCAAAACUUUCUGUUCUGAAAUGCAGCAAGAGUUCUCCAGGCAUUAAAUGCACACAUGUAGUAUCACUACAGUUGUGGAUUUUCAAGACAGGUGCUGAUCCUUAGUCAUUUUUAGUAACCUGGUUUUGAGUUAGGGCUCUGGGACAGGCUUUUCGAGUAAAGAGGAGGUAUUCCUCAUCGGUGGGUCCUUGGGGACUCAUGUUCUGAAGUCAUGUGACUACCAAGUCUUCUGGCCAUGCUGUCCUGGUAUUGCUUUGAAAUUACCCUAUAGUUUGAGGUCAAGCCCCUGAUCUUUGUUACACAAAGAUGACACUUUGCCGAAAUGUUCCUGGAGCCAUUUGACUUGCCCAGCUCACUGUGUACUCUUCCACGUCACUUUGUUUUUAUUGCUUCUUUACACACAUUUGGCUGCAGUUAAUCUUCAGAGCAUGGUGACUUAAGGUAAGAUCAUCUCAUCCUCUCUGCAUUUUUAUAAGGGUUCAUGGUUUGGAGGGAUUUUCCAGCAGUUUUGCUGAUUUGUUUAGUUUUUGUUUAUUUAUAUUUAACAUGAAGACUAAGUAUAUGACUAGGUAUCUGUAUUAUGUAAGAACAUUGAAACAAUAAAUACGUAUUUUUAUAACU